ACCCUAUUGGACAUGUGAGGGUAAAGAAAUAAGGGGAGAGAGCGGAGAGCGAGGCAACAGAAGCGUGAAGGCGACGCCGCCGCCGGCUCCUAAACCCUGACAAAGUAUCGCUCUGCUCUUCUAUCCCAUUCUCUAUAUUCAAGUAUCAUCAUCCUUCAAAGGAUUUUGUGAAAUCAUCGUCUUGGCUGUGGAUCGAUCGCGAUGAUAGCGGUAGCGGAGGAGGCGGUGCAAUCGACUGUGGAGGCGCAAAUGGAGAUGCAGCGUGAGAAUGAGAUCUACCUGGCGAAAAGACCGUAUAAUGUAGUCCCGGCCUCUUUAGGAGAGUUUCGUCUCGAAAACCUAAAACCCGGGAGCUCGACCUCGGGCGCGGGCGCAGGCGCGUCGGGUGGCGGCGUGGGAGUUGUAGAAGUGACGAAUGCCAAGAGAUCGGUGUUAGGGGAGUUUUAUGAGCAUGGUUUUGAUCCGGAAUUCAGCUUCAGAAUCAGAUUCCAGAAAAUCGGCGCAGGGUUGGAAAACAUGGGAAACACGUGCUAUCUUAAUUCAGUUCUGCAGUGCUUAACUUAUACGGAACCUUUUGCAGCAUAUUUGCAGAGUGGGAAGCACAAAUCUAAUUGUCGCAAUGCUGGAUUCUGCGCUAUGUGUGCUCUUCAGAAUCAUGUCAUGGAUGCCCUACAGUCAACUGGGAAAAUAUUGAGGCCCUUUCAUCUUGUCAAGAACUUGAGACGCAUAUCUAGCAAUUUUCGGAAUUCUAGACAAGAAGAUGCUCAUGAAUACAUGGUUAACUUGCUUGAAUCAAUGCACAAGUGCUGUUUGCCUUAUGGGGUCUCUAGUGAGUCUCCUAGUGCAUAUGAAAAGAGUCAAGUCCACAAGAUAUUUGGUGGUCAGCUCAGGAGUCAGGUGAAAUGCAUGCAGUGUUCUUAUUGUUCCAAUAAAUUUGAUCCUUUCUUGGACUUGAGUCUGGAAAUAAUGAAAGCAGAUACUCUUAGGAAAGCACUUACUCAUUUCACUGCCGCGGAAUUACUAGAUGGUGGGGAGAGACAAUAUCAGUGUCAGCGCUGCGAAGAAAAAGUUCAGGCCUUCAAACAACUCACCAUUCACAAGGCUCCUUAUGUGCUCACCAUUCAUCUCAAACGUUUUGAUUCAAGUAUUAAUGGAGAAAAACUUAGCAAGAAGGUGGUGUAUGGACCCACAUUGAACCUGAAUCCAUUCAUCAGUGACCCACGUGAAGGUGAUUACAGAUACACACUGUACGGUGUUUUGGUUCAUGCUGGAUGGACAACUUAUUCUGGUCACUAUUUUUGCUAUGUUCGGACCUCAGCUGGCAUGUGGUAUUCCCUCGAUGAUAACCAGGUGACAGAAGUUAGUGAGAAAACUGUUCUUUCAAGGGAAGCGUAUAUGUUAUUUUAUGUCCGGGACAGAACAGUUGGAGUUAAAGGGACCGUUGAGGUUUCCCCUAAACCUGAUAUUUCUUUAAGUGCUACAGCAAAUAAAACAAUUCCUGUGGUGGAAAGAAAACCAAGUCCUGCAGUUUACACCUCUGUCCAUACUAGGCAUGAUGGAACCAGCAGCGAACUGGUUCCCGCACCGGGUGCCUUGUUGCAGGAAUCGGUCAAGUAUGAAGGUCCACUUUUUAAUGGUAAUGUCCAGGUUGAAACGAAAUGUUCUUCUUUGCAAGGUGGUGAUAGCAAUGAACACAAAGAAACAACAUCAAAAGGGCCAGCAAAAUCACAUCCUUUGAUGGAUUCUAAGCUUCCUUCUAAUGGUGAUGAUAAGAAAAAUAAUUUCGCUAAUGACAAUGCUCAAGAUGGCGCCUUGGCACAUAGGAUGGAGACUGAUCAUCCACCGCCACCAAAUGAUGUUGAAAAAAUUUUAAGGCAAUCAAACGCCAUGAAUGAUUCUAUCCAAAAGGAAGUUGUUGGUUCGAGGCUGGUGGACAAUCAGAAUAAUGGCCCGAAGGAUCACCAGUUUGACAGCUGCUCAAGUAAUCUGAAACUUCAAAAGGGUGGAGAGAGCUUCCUAAAGUUGCUGGAAACUAAAUCGAUUGAAUCAUUGCCGUCAUGUGCCGCCGUUUGUUCUGUUCAAUUGGAAACUCAAUCGGAUAUCAUUACAGAAAACUUGUUAUUUAGCAGCGACAGGACAGAGUCUAAGCUAAAAAAGCCUAGAAAAUCCUCAUCAGCAAAUGGCUGGUACUUCGGGCGCAAGCAGUUAUUUUUUAUGUCACUGCAACUCCCAAAUAAUAAGCGAAAGGGAAGCAAAAAACUUAAGUUAAUUUCCAUGAAAGGAAUGAGUAAGAGGAUAGUUGAUGAUCACAAUAAUGAUUCACAUGGAGCCUCCACUUCCGAAACUUUCCAAGCUAUCAAUUUCUGCUCCAGGCAUUCCCCUAGAAAGCACUCACAUUUUUCUACUUACAGAAAAUCGAAGGGAAAGGAAGCCAUUAAACUUGGUAGCAGUUCUGUUCAUAAUAAAGAAUUUAAUAUAGGCAUGAAAACUCUAAUGCUUGAAGCUUCAAAUAAGCUGAGUAGGUUCUGCUCCAGUGAAGGGGACUACCGUGUAAAGUGUAAAAAUGCUGAAGAGAAACAUACCCAAAAAUUAUCAGUGAAUCUACUAAUGACUAGUCUGAAACAAAAUUCUGUUGCUAGCUGGGAUGAUAACUUCCCAGCUGAGAAGACGAAUCAGGUAGAAUACAAUUCAAAAAGGAAUAUUGGUUGUAUCCUGGAUGAAUGUGAUGAAGAUGAUUAUGACAAGAACAAGAGAAAAAAAGUGAAGAAAUCCAGGCAGUGGUUUGGAGUUGUUGAGCAGAACCCAUUCCAGGAGACAGCCAUCUUCAAAACACAGCAGAAGAGACCCAAAAACAAAGGUAGAGCAGAAAAGCCAAGAAAUCAACCUUUUAGGAUAUUAAGGUAAAGAAUAUGAAAAUAUGCCUUAUGGUGUGAAAAAUUCAAUUUUGAAAUCAAUUUUUACUUCGUUUAAGAUCCUGUAACUGUUGAGCUGAUGAAUGGACAGGCCGUCUUUAGUUCGAUGGCCAGCCUUAAGAUUUGUUGUCUUGCUGCAUCAAUAAAGCUGAAAUUUUUUGAGUUUUGGCACAUUUUAUGAAAAGGUGAUGAUAUUAUGUUAUAUUAUAAGAGCUAUAUUGAUGCUUUGAAAUGUUCAACAGAUUAUAUAUCUAUACUACAAUAUUUUUGUUUA